AUGGCUAGGAAGAAGGUGAAACUUGCUUACAUUACCUGUGACUCCAAGAGAAGGGGAACAUUCAAGAAAAGAAAAAAUGGUUUAAUAAAAAAGAUUGAUGAAAUAAGCACCUUAUGUGGGAUUGAAGCAUGUGCUAUAAUAUUUGGUGAAAGCGAACCACAACCUGAGGUUUGGCCAUCUCCAAUGGGAGUCCAAAAGGUAUUAUCAAGGUUUAAGAGAUUGCCUGAAAUGGAACAAAGUAAAAAAAUGUUGAAUCAAGAAAGUUUCAUGAAGCAAAGGAUUCAAAAAGCACAAGAACAUUUAAACAAACAAAAGAUUGACAACAAAAGGAAGGAAAUGACACAUCUUAUGUUUCAAUGCCUUAAUGCUGGUCAGAUUUUUGAAAGUGUUAACAUGAGUGAUCUCAAUGAUCUAUCAUGGUUGAUUGAUCUGAACUUGAAACAAAUCGAAAGGAAAAUCGAUGAGACUCAAGUCAAAGAAGUUGUUGAAAAUCGAGUCGAAAAUAUUAAUGGAAUGGAGCAAGGAAUGAUGAACAAUGUUGAUGUUAUGCAAAGACAAAAUUGGUCCAUGGACUUCAACAACAAUAUUGGUGAUAUAUUACCAUUUGAAAAUGGUAAUUGUCUACCAAAUGGCUUUUGGUCUUAA